AUGGCAGAUCCAUCCACCUGUCCUCCCCUGUCCCCUUCGUCCGUCUCCACAGCCUAUGGAAAGAUCAAACCCUAUAUCCAUAGAACGCCAUUGAUAACAAGUCGAUCGCUGAAUGCCAUUGCCUCGUCCAGCGACCCGUCGGUUUUUCUGUCAGACAACCCACCAGCUUUUGACUCUGCCGAGUCCAACGUCAACGACAAUGACGCUCUGCCCAGGUUCCGACUGUUUUUCAAAUGCGAGAAUUUUCAGAAGAUCGGGGCUUUCAAGGCCAGAGGCGCCUUCCAUGCCGUGCUCAGGUUGUUUGACGAGAUGGGGAUCGAGGAGGUGAGGAGGAGAGGCGUUGUGACGCACAGUAGUGGGAACCAUGCUCAAGCUCUCGCGCUUGCAGCCUCGACAUUCUCCAUUCCCGCCUACAUCGUCAUGCCCUCGAUAUCCACCACGUCCAAGAUCGCCGGCACCCGUCUGUACACGUCGAACGUGAUCUUCAGCGGCUCCACCUCGGAAGAGCGGGAAGCCGUCGUUGCAAAAGUCAUCAAGGAAAAAGGUGCCAUCUUGGUGCCGCCGUACGACCAUCCCGAUAUCAUCCUGGGCCAGGGCACGGUCGGGUUGGAGAUGGAGCAGCAGUUGAUUGAAUUGAACGGCGCUCAAGGGGAGAGGAGUGGCAGCAACAGCUUCGACGCGGUCAUCACGCCCAUCGGUGGCGGGGGCCUGUUGGGCGGCGUCUCCACCCACUUCUCCUCACGACGCGACACAUUGGUGUUUGGGGCCGAACCCUCCUUCCAAGGCGCCGACGACGCCCGGCGCGGUCUGCUGCAGAACCAAAGAAUCGAGCACGUCAAGUCUCUAACCAUCGCCGAUGGCCUCCGCACCCCCGUCGGCGUGACCAACUGGACCAUCGUCUCGGACAAGCAGAAAGUCGAGGGGAUCUACGCGGUGAGCGAGAGCCAGAUCAAGAUGGCCAUGAGGUUGGUCUUUGAGCGCCUCAAGCUGGUCGUCGAGCCCAGUGGCUGCGUGCCUUUGGCGGUUGUGCUGUUCAAUCGCGAGUUCCGGGACAUGGUCGCCGAGCAGCAGAGAAGCCCAGAAGGGAAGGGCACCUGGGAUGUCGGCGUCGUGUUCAGUGGUGGGAACACGACUAUGAAGGCCAUUGCGACGCUGUUUGGCGAACAAGGUGGAAAGGGGGAGGGGGAGAGGGAGGCGGGAAAGGUCGGUGUUGAUGGGAAGAAGAAGGUCGAGGAUGUGGCCGGGUGA